GUGGGAAAUUCAGGGUCGCCUGCGGUUUGUACAGUUACAGCCUGAGGGAUGUCUUCACAUGGCAUCUGCUGAAGACCAUCAUCAUGGGGCAGGUCUUGUCCCUGCUCAUCUGUGGGACGGCAGUGAGCUGUCAGUACCUGGCCAAUGCCAAGGUGGAGACGCCCAUGCUGCAGAGCUUCCUCAACUACGCCCUCCUGCUGCUCGUCUAUACAACCAUACUCUGCACCCGCAAAGGUGACAGGAACAUCCUGCAAAUUUUAAAAACCAAGUGGUGGAAAUAUUUAGUGAUGGGUCUGGCAGAUGUGGAGGCAAACUACACAGUUGUGAAGGCCUACCAGUUCACCACCCUGACAAGUAUACAGCUGCUGGACUGCUUCGUCAUCCCAGUGCUGAUGGUUCUCUCCUGGUUCUUCCUGAAGACUCGCUACAAGCUGGUCCACUUUGUAGCUGUAGGGGUGUGUUUGCUGGGGGUGGGGGCCAUGGUGGGAGCUGACAUCCUGGCUGGAAGAGACCAGGGAUCCACCAGUGAUGUGGUGCUGGGAGAUGGUCUGGUCCUGCUCAGCGCUCUCCUCUACGCUGUAUCCAAUGUGUGCCAGGAGUACACAGUGAAGAACCUGAGUCGGGUUGAAUUCCUGGGCAUGAUGGGCCUUUUUGGGACGGUCAUCAGCGGCGUACAGCUAGCUGCACUGGAGACUCAAGCAGUGGCUGCAAUAAAGUGGGACUUUCACAUUUCCAUGCUGUUUGCAGUCUACGCCCUGUGUAUGUACGCACUGUACAGCUUCAUGCCUGUGGUGGUGAAGAUGACCAGCGCUACUGCGGUCAACCUCUCGCUGCUCACCGCUGACCUCUUCAGCCUCUUCUGUGGCAUCUUCCUCUUCCACUACACAUUUUCAACUCUGUACAUCAUCUCCUUUGUCGUCAUUACUGUGGGUUUCGUCAUGUUCAACGCCAUUCCCACGUACUCGGUGUUACCAGAGUCCGGCUCCAGUGAGGACGACCCCACCGACGCGUCAGCUGAGAGCCCCUUGGACCAUUUAUUGUCUGUGGGCAGAGACACUGAGAGAACUGAGACAGUCACUGCUCUGGCUGCACUGUGACUGAAAACUACUGACUGAAGACAGAGGGCUGUACUGUAGCUGAAAACGGAUCUGCUGAAACACUUAGUUUUUCUUCCAUUAUAGGUCAGGGUUUUUUUGCCUUUACUGGAUAGAGCAGCCAAAGACAGACAGGAAAGGGGGGGAAACAGAGAGGACAUGCAGUAAAGUGUUGCAGAUCGGAAUCAAACCCCGUCUGCUGCUAAGGACAGCCUACAUGAGGUGCACACUCUACCAGGUGAGCUCCAGGUGCCCCAACAUUGUUACAGAAUGACAUUGUUUUUGUACUUAGCCAGAAAGUUCACUGAUUUUUGGUAUGUUGCAUUUUCAGAAAGAUAAUGCAGCUGUAUGACUCAUUGCAUUGUAGUAUUAGCACAUUCCUAUUUAUGUCAUUUUUAAAAAGAGAUUUCUCUAUCACCGAUGAUUGAAUAUCUGUUACUGCACAUGUGCUGGAUGUUGACGUGUUAAACACAAACAAUGCACUGCUAUUUAUUGUGCCAAAUUUUAAGUGUUACUUCUGCUCUCCUUUGUUUAAUAUUAAUGAUAUUUUACAAUUAUAUUAUGUCAUUGUUUUAAAUUUAAACACAAGCCAAUCAUGAAGUGAAAUUUUUAUGUCUGUUGCUGAUGGUGCUGUUAGUUUUUUUUUACCUGCCAGAUGUACUGCAAAUCACAUGGUUGUCUCUGCCGUGUGUAAAGCAUGUUAGCGUGCAGCAGCAGUUUUACUUUUUUACUAUUAAAUUAAUUUUAUAU